GAUUAUUGCAAAUGCCUGAAAAAAGUUAUGACGUGCAGAUUCUAUUUACAGUAUAAUUAGUAAAAAAUUACGGUAGUACUUUGCUGUUUACUAAACGAAUGAAAUCAGAGCGAUUAACUUUUAAAAAGUGUGGUUCCUUGUUAGAAAACUGAUUAUAUGCUGCAACUGGUGGACUGGGAUUCUCUUUUGGUGUCUGAUCAUGUUGUAUUCGUACGAGUACACUUGUGCCUUUUCGUUGUUUCGCAGACUUUUUCAUAGCUGCGCAAGUUUUGUUUUACCCUUUACCCGCUGUUAACAGUGUUCUGUUUACAAACGAGGGUGGGAACUGUUAUCUGCAAAACACCCUGCAGAUGCGCACUCGAUUGAUCAUUUGCGUGAUCAUGCGCCGUCUGAACAAUUAUGCGUUUUCCGUAACGACGGAGCUCUUUGCAUGAAUCAACAUCAGCGGAAUUCGGGAUGCGAGAACGUCGGACUCGCGCUGUGUUGCGACCCAUAUGGAGAACCUAUCGCUGGUUGAUUAUUCUGGUCUCCCUUCUCACGGUGUGUAUGUGGUUUGUGUUGUUGCGAGGCAGUGGAGAUUCCCAAGACUCCUCGGCAGCGAAUGGUGUGCUUCGCAAGCUAUAUGCGCCGUAUGAUUCCCGUGAAAUUCGUUGGCUUAUGACCAACUGGCCUGGGGUGCUGUUUAUUGUGGAUCCAUCUUUUUUGGAUUGUGUAGCGAAGACUGCCGAGAAGUUUGGUGUGGAUUUCUGUUUGGGAAUUCUUUCCCAGAAUGAUGUUGUAUCGUUGGGCUCCUAUCCGAUUUCCGAUUCCGAACUGAAAAACUUCACAAAUUACGCCGGAAGUGCACGUUGCAUUGUUACGGAGAACUUGGUGUGUGGUCGGGAACGUCGAGAUUUUGCUCUUCCACAUUGCCGGAAUGGUGAGAUUGACAGUAAAGUGUCUCAUCUGUACGUGGGAAAUCAGGGUGGUCAGCUUAUUCAUAUUGCCAUUUUCCAACCACUUUCCGACGGUUUAUCCAUGACCAGCCAAGCCCGUUCCACGAAUAAACAGUUCGCGUCAUGCCGAAGACAUUGGCAGAAUGGUCAAGGGAUGUGGAAUUUUUCCGCUCUGGCUUUUGGAAAAUCGAACAGAGUGUACGACAGGAUAGCUUUGACUUCCUUGGCGAUCAAUUCGAACAUUAUGGAUAUUCCAGUGCUUAUUCCAACAAACCUGGAAGAAUUCCGGCAUUCGUAUUUCACGUCGAAUUUUAUUCCGUGCAACAGAUCGUCGGUAGAGGCAUUCUUGAAGGCCUAUCCCAAUAUGACGUCCACGGAUGAUGGAUUAUUUCGGGCUCGAACAAAAAAGAUUUUAUUCCGGAUCAGGAAAAUUCUUGACGAAGCCGGGGUCGUUUGGUGGAUUAGUAGCGGAACAUUAUUAGGCUGGUUUAGACAGUGCGAUAUUAUUCCCUACAGUCAAGACAUUGAUAUCGGCAUCUUUAUCAAAGACUUUAAAACCAACUUGGCAGAUUUAUUCGAAGACCAUGGUUUUGAGACAGCUUACCGGUUAGGAAUGAAGAACGACAGUUUGCAAAUUUCGUUUGCUUUUGAUGAAACGAAGGUGGAUAUCUAUUUCUUCUAUGAAGAAUUCAAUCAAGUAUGGAACGGUGCCACUGCGUACGUGGCCGGGCAAAAGUUUAAAUAUACAUUUCCGCGAUUUACUCUUUGUUGGACCAGUUUUCUUGGCAUUCUUGUACGCAUUCCCUGCCAACCUUUAACUUACAUUCGGGCAAAUUACGGCGAUACCUGGUUUCGACCGGUAGAGAAAUGGGAUUGGCGCAUUAGUCCGCCUAAUGCACAGCUGAAUGGGUUCUGGACAGAAAACCAGAAAACCGAAGCGAUUUAUCUGAAUCCCAAAUUCUAUGGUGGGAACGGUGAUGUUCGAUCAGUAAAUGCGACUAUCUGAUCGGACUGUUUGGAAUCUGUGAUGCUUCUUCCUGCAAGAGGAUACAAUAUCUGGUGAUGUGUUUACCGUUGGAUCUGUUGUUAUUGGCGGCUGUUAUUCUGAAUUCUCGUAUCGUUUGCUCAAUUUGUGAUUGGUAUUGAUUGCGUUGAUUCUCUUUUCUUGCCAUGUUUUAUCUGUUUUACCCAGGCUUUGUUAUACUG